ACCUCUCAUUUUCUUCUUUUCUUUUUUCAGGUUUUCCUCCCUUUCUGUUUUCAACUCUGCUUCUGUUUUCUUCUGAAUACAGAAGCAGAAAGAGGAAGCUCCGUUUUUAAUUUUACUUAAAUGGAUCGGCUGUCGUCCACGACUGUACUUCCUGAUGCAUUUCAGGGAGCCAGAGAUGAUUUCUCGAUGCAAAUGGGUUUGAUUUGGGGUCAGAUCAGAGCGCCAUUGAUCGUACCCUUACUUAAACUUUCCGUCACGGCUUGCUUGAUCAUGUCCUUGAUGCUUUUUAUAGAGAGGGUGUACAUGGGCAUCGUCAUUGUUCUAGUGAAGCUGUUCGGUCGGAAACCGGAGAAGCGGUACAAGUGGGAGCCGAUAAAAGACGAUGUUGAAUUUGGGAACUCUACCUACCCCAUGGUUCUGGUUCAAAUCCCAAUGUACAACGAACGAGAGGUUUAUCAGCUUUCAAUCGGAGCUGCAUGUGGUCUUUCAUGGCCGUCUGAUCGGAUCAUCAUCCAAGUGCUCGACGAUUCAACCGACCCCAUAAUCAAGGACAUGGUGGAGUUGGAGUGCCAGAGGUGGGCGAGCAAGGGGAUCAACAUAAAGUAUGAAAUCAGGGACAACAGGAACGGGUACAAAGCAGGGGCGCUCAAGGAAGGGAUGAAGCGCAGCUACGUGAAGCACUGUGAUUACGUCGCCAUUUUCGACGCCGAUUUCCAGCCUGAACCCGACUUUCUCUGGCGAACCAUCCCUUUCCUUGUUCACAACCCUGAACUGGCUCUGGUUCAGACUCGUUGGAAAUUCGUGAAUGCUGAUGAGUGCUUGAUGACAAGAAUGCAAGAGAUGUCCCUGGAUUACCAUUUCACAGUGGAACAAGAAGUGGGGUCUUCCACCUAUGCCUUCUUUGGCUUCAAUGGGACUGCUGGGGCUUGGAGAAUUUCUGCUCUAAAUGAGGCAGGAGGAUGGAAGGAUAGAACCACAGUAGAGGAUAUGGACUUAGCAGUCCGAGCCAGUCUCAAGGGAUGGAAAUUCCUUUACCUUGGUAACAUCAAGGUGAAAAAUGAAUUGCCAAGUACUUUGAAGGCCUAUCGCUAUCAACAGCACCGGUGGUCUUGUGGUCCUGCUAAUCUUUUCAGGAAAAUGUUGAAGGAGAUUAUUAGAAACAAAAAAGUGUCCACAUGGAAGAAGGUGCAUGUGAUCUACAGCUUCUUCUUCGUCAGGAAGAUUGUUGCUCACAUUGUUACCUUUAUCUUUUACUGCGUUGUAUUGCCGGCUACAGUCCUGGUUCCUGAAGUUGAGGUUCCCAAGUGGGGAGCAGUUUAUAUUCCCUCUAUAAUUACCAUUCUCAAUGCUGUUGGAACUCCAAGGUCACUUCACCUGGUAGUUUUCUGGAUCCUCUUCGAGAAUGUCAUGUCACUGCAUCGAACUAAGGCUACUUUCAUUGGCUUGCUGGAGGCUGGUAGAGUGAACGAAUGGAUUGUCACUGAGAAACUUGGCGAUGCUCUCAAGGCUAAAGCAGCCACUAAGGCACCCAAGAAGCAUCGUUUCAGAUUUGGAGAAAGACUACAUUUGCUGGAGCUUGGAGUUGGAGCUUUCCUCUUCUUCUGUGGUUGCUAUGAUCUCAGCUUCGGCCAAAACAAUUACUUCCUGUAUCUUUAUCUCCAAUCAAUUGCCUUCUUCCUCGUGGGGUUUGGAUUUGUUGGUACAAUUGUUCCCAACUCCUAGUGCAACACAUGGCUACUGAGUUGGCAUUUGUUUCAAAUUCUUUUGACCAGUUCUCACCAUGAACUUUGGUCGCGCUCACCUUCCACACAGUACAUGUCGUUCUUGCUUUCAUCAACACGGUAUAUGUCUCAAUUACAGUGAAUUUUUCCUGCACGUUCACAGUUUGUAUAAAACGGAAGAGAAAAAAAAAAAAAAGAAUUUUUCCUGCACGUUCACAGUUUGUAUAAAACGGAAGAGAAAAAAAAAAAGAAAAAAAAGAAAAAGGGUGUCUUUCUUUUGUGUUGAGCAUAAGAAUUGGAGUCUUUAACUCGAUACAGGUCAAUUAAUUCUUUCCUGAAUAGUCCUAGAGAGUAAAGAAAAAUACAGAAGAAAAUGUAAUGGUCUUAUUGCCCCCCUUUCAUUUUUCCCCUUCUCAUAUUGUUGUGGCUCGGAUUUGUUUAAAAAAGUGAAUAAAACUACUGGAAAAUG